GCAGGCUGCGCAGGUCGGACUGGGGAGACCGGUGCCGCCAUUUUGUCAGCUUCCUACUGACCCCGCGCUCACAGCUAAGGAUGGGGGACCACCAGCACUACCGUGGGGGCUACCAACCAGGGCAACCGAGGGACCACCGCAGGGACGGCGACAGCCGCUACUAUGGACAAAAUGCCCCAGAGCGUUAUGGGCCCCCAGGUGGAUAUCCACCAUACCGGCAGGAGCCCAUCAAGCAGGAGCGAGACUUGGGAUAUGACAGAAGACCUCUGGAUCCUGGUCCCCUGCCUCCAAAUAUUGGUAUUAAAACAGAGUUUAAACAGGAAGAACCCGAUCCAGGAUACAGGACACAUCCUGUAGCAGGAGGACCUUCGCCACCAGCACAAAACCGUAAGAGAGGGUUUGAUGACCGCGGCCGCGGAUACUACGAGCACAGAGAUGAUAGGAGAGCGCGAUCCCCCAAAGCUCAAGGUGGCAGUGGUGGUGGUGAUGAUGAAGAUGAUGUCUUUGAUGACAGUCUUGUGGUUCUUGAUAAUUAUAAUAGUGAUCUUCACUUCAAACUGGAAAAAGAUCGAACUAUCGGUUAUCCUCUCACCAUUGAAGGGUUUGCUUACCUAUGGUCUGGAGCUAGAGCUACUCAUGGAGCAAACAGAGGGAGAGUCUGUUUUGAAGUAAAGAUUAAUGAAGAGAUCGCUGUAGGUCACUUGCCCGCCAGUGAACCAGACCCUCAUGUUGUCCGUAUUGGAUGGUCUUUUGAUUCCUGCAGCACUCAGUUAGGUGAGGAACCUUUCUCUUAUGGCUAUGGAGGAACCGGAAAGAAGUCCACAAACAGCAAAUUUGAAAACUAUGGGCAGCCCUUUGCAGAGAAUGAUGUCAUUGGCUGUUAUAUUGACUUCGAGACCCGCGGUGACGUUGAGAUGUCAUUCUCCAAGAAUGGACUCCCUCUGGGAGUGGCUUUCCGAGUGCGCAAGGAGACACUGGGCAAUAACGCCCUUUUUCCUCAUGUCCUGGUAAAGAACUGUUCGGUAGAGUUCAAUUUCGGACAGAGACCUGAACCGUUUUGUAGCAUGACGCCUGGCUUCACAUUCCUACAGCAAGUCCCACCCAUCGAAAGGGUGCGAGGCUCGCUGCCUCCUAAGAACAAAGGCGAGUGUGAGAUUCUCAUGAUGGUGGGGCUUCCAGGAGCCGGCAAAACUACGUGGGCUAUGAAGCAUGCUGCCAGCAAUCCAGCAAAGAAGUAUAACAUCCUUGGGACCAAUGCCAUCAUGGAGAAAAUGAGGGUUAUGGGCCUUAGGAGACAGCGUAAUUACGCUGGCCGAUGGGACGUCCUAAUUCAGCAAGCAACAGGAUGUCUAAACCGUCUAAUCCAGAUUGCAGCCCGCAGGAAACGGAACUACAUCUUGGAUCAGACAAAUGUGUAUGGCACUGCACAGCGGAGGAAGAUGCGACCGUUCGAAGGCUUUCAGCGUCGAGCUGUUAUAAUAUGUCCCACAGAUGAAGAUCUUCUGGAUCGGAUAGUGAAACGAACGGACGAGGAAGGGAAGGAUGUCCCAGAUUCAGCUGUGCUAGAGAUGAAAGCCAAUUUCACCCUACCGGAGGCAGGGGAUUUCCUUAAUGAGGUUAUCUAUGUUGAGCUGCAAAAGGAGGAGGCACAACAGCUGGUGCGCCAAUACAAUGAGGAGGGAAAGAGAGCUGGCCCACCUCCAGAAAAGAGAUUCCGGGGUCGAGGGGGAGGAGCCCCAGGUGGAAGAGGUGACAGAGGAAGAGGAGAUGGAGGAAGGAAUUUUCAAAGAUUUGAUAGUCGUGAACCUCCUGGAGGAAGAGGAGGAAGCAGUAGCUUUCAGGGCAGAGAAGGAAAUAUGGGAGGUGGAUACGAUACCAGGGGUGGAUAUGGUGGAGCUGGUUUUAGCCGUGGUGGCCAAGCCUCUCAGUCUCGGUGGUCUGGUGGCUCCCAAGAUAAUGGCUCUGAAAACCGUGGCUAUGGCCACAACAGCCAGCAACGCAGUUACAGUCCCUCAAAUGUAGGUGGCUAUGGGGUCAGUGGGAAUAUAACCCAGUCUUCACAGAGCAUGAGUGGUCCCAGCAGCUACAGUCAAGGACCGCAGCAAAGUUAUGGGCAAAGCGGCUACGGCCAAGGCGGAUCUGGCGGGUAUGGCCAAGGCGGAUCUGGCGGGUAUGGCCAAGGCGGAUCUGGCGGGUACGGCCAAGGCGGAUCUAGCGGGUACAGCCAAGGUGGAUCUGGUGGGUACGGCCAAGGCGGAUCUGGCGGCUACGGUCAAGGCAGCUCUGGCGGCUACGGUCAAGGCAGCUCUGGCGGGUCCGGCCAAGGCAGCUCUGGCAGCUACGGUCAAGGCAGCUCUGGCAGCUACGGUCAAGGCAGCUCUGGCAGCUACGGUCAAGGCAGCUCUGGCAGCUACGGUCAAGGCAGCUCUGGCAGCUACGGUCAAGGCAGCUCUGGCGACUACGGUCAAGGCAGCUCUGGCGGCUACGGCCAAGGCGGAUCUGGCGGGUACAGCAACAGUAAUCCGAGCUAUGGCCAAGGAUACACCGAUACUCCACCUCAACACAGCUACUCCUCUGGCCAGCCAUCCUCAAAUCAGAGUAGUUACAAUCCUGGGUAUCAGCAGCAGUACGGAGGAGGCGAUGGUGGUCAGCAAUGGAACCAGUAUCAGAACCAAGGACCUCCUCAGAAUUCUACUAAAGGUCAAUCACAGGGGCAAUGGAAUUACAGCGGAGGUGGCUAUGACCAACCAGGUCGAUAUGGAGGAGCACCGUGAACAACUCCACUUCCCACAAAGAGACUAAACUGCUGUCCUGUCUGGCAUUGGGUCAACUCUUAAUAUUUACCAGAACAAUAACGGAUAUGUUCAGGCCUUGUUUGGGAUCCAUACAAUUUUUUUUUUAACUCUGUUUUACCCUAAUUUUUCAUUGUCUACGUUACCUGUGUCCUUGUGGCUGGAAGGACAGAUACAUGUGGGAUCCAUUUUAAUUUGUCUAAUUGAUUUAAAGGGUGAAACAAAAAAAUAGCUUGUGGAAUAUUACAACUUAAUACUAAUUGUCUGUUUUAAAGUUAGUUCCACACUUUGUCCUUUUGAAAAAUAAACCCUUUUAUCACA